AUAUCGUCGUUUGUAAUCCACUGUCCACAUAUAUUUGUAUACAACGUUCGCCUGCUCUUCUAUCAGAUGACAAUUAUCGCUCUGAGUGACAUAGUAUUACAUAGUCACACAAAACACACUCAACAAACGUCAAGUCAUUAGGAAAUAGUAAACAUAUUAUUUCACAGCAAUAAAAACUCAACAACAUGCGACUGCCAGCGCUUAGUUUGCUCUCGGCUUUCCGCCAAGCACUAGUUCAACAAGUACAAAAUACGAGUGUAACACCUGUCCUACUAAAACAAUAUCGUCUGAAGCAUAGUGACAGUGGCAGUAAAAUGGUUUCGCCGGCACCAUUUACAAAAGAUUUCUUUUUCCGUCAGCUCUUCGAUGAAGCUACCUGGACGUACACAUACCUGCUGGCCGAUUUGAAUACGAGAGAGGCGGUGAUUAUUGAUCCAGUACUGGAGAAGGCGAAAAGGGAUGCAAGCCUAGUUAAGGAUCUGGGUUUUACACUUAAAUAUGCCUUGAACACACACAUGCACGCGGAUCACAUCACCGGCAGCGGUUGGCUCAAGCAAUUGUUGCCCGGCAGCAAAUCGGUUAUUGCCAAUGCGAGCGGUGCCAAGGCAGAUAUACACAUCAACGAAGGUGAUCCCGUUACAUUUGGACGUCACCGUAUCGACACAUUGGCCACACCGGGACACACCAAUGGCUGUAUGUCGUAUGUGUUAUAUGAACAGGGUUGCAUUUUCACCGGCGAUACAGUGCUGAUACGCGGCUGUGGACGUACCGACUUCCAGGAAGGUGAUCCUGCUCACUUGUACGAAAAUGUGCAUAGCAAAAUAUUUACAUUGCCAGAGAAUUUCCGCAUUUAUCCGGCGCAUGAUUAUAAAGGCUCAAUGGAGAGCAGCGUUUGGGAGGAGAAAACCUACAAUCCACGCUUUACCAAAACAAAAGAGGAGUUUAUUAACAUUAUGAAUAACCUGAAUUUGUCUUACCCCAAGAAAAUCGAUGUUUCCCUACCAGCAAAUCGUGAAUGUGGCGUCUAUGAUAUUCCAAAGGAAUAAUUUGUCUUGUUUCUUCUA